AUGGAGUUGACUGACGAUGAUUACACACCUGAGUUGGAGAAGCUAGUUACUGAAAAUAGCAAACUGAAAUACCAACUGGCCCACUUAAACAAGGCAUUCAUACAUUUUCUUAAUGGCACAUCUUCAGACCACUCUCCAGAUGUCCUCCAACUCGUUACUUCCCUGUUCACUAACGUCAUAAAAGCCCUCUACCCCGACCAGGAAGAUUUUGUGGUCUCUGUAACUCCCAGCACGCAUGAGAAGUAUGGUGACUACCAGUGUAAUAGUGCCAUGAAUUUGUCUCAGGCAUUGAAAAAGACUCAACCCAAAGUGAGUCCUAGAGAGGUUGCAGAGAAGAUAGUUAAAAACCUGCCUUCGUCUCCUUAUGUUGAUAAGGUUGAACUGGCAGGACCAGGCUUCAUAAACCUCUUCCUCAGCAAGCAGUUCAUUUCAAAAUUAAUCAGCCUAAUUGUCAAAAAUGGCGUAAAACCACCUCACAUCCCUAAAAAGAAAAAAGUUGUGAUUGACAUGUCGUCCCCAAACAUUGCCAAAGAAAUGCACGUCGGCCACUUGAGGUCUACCAUCAUCGGUGAAAGUAUUGCACGUCUCUACCAGUUUGUCGGUCAUAAUGUCCUGAAAUUGAACCAUUUAGGUGAUUGGGGGACGCAGUUUGGUAUGCUGAUUGCCAAUCUCAGUGAAAAAUUUCCCAAUUAUUUGACUGUUUCGCCUCCAAUUGGAGAUCUACAGGCCUUCUACAAAGAAUCAAAAGCUCGAUUUGACAACGAUGAAGAGUUUAAGAAGCGAGCGUACGCUGCUGUGGUUCAACUGCAGAGCUACGAACCCAACACCACUAAGGCUUGGAAUCUCAUUUGUGAUGAGUCAAGGAAAGAAUUCAUGAAGAUCUACAAACACUUUGACAUUGAGGACCUCGUAGACAGAGGGGAAUCAUUCUAUCAACCACUUAUGCCAGCUGUUGUAGAAGAGUUGGAAAAAUUAAAUAUGUUGGAACUCGAUGAGGGUCGAAAGAUAUGCUGGCCUCCAGGAGCUCAAGUCCCUCUCACAAUAGUGAAGUCAGAUGGCGGGAUGACUUACGACACGUCCGACAUGGCUGCACUGAAACAUCGACUUGUUGAAGAGAAAGCUGAAGAAAUACUGUACGUUGUCGACUCUGGACAGGCAAUCCACUUAAACGGUGUCUUCGAUGCAGGAGCGAAGGCUGGUUGGUUCGAUCCCGCAAAGAUCCGGGUCGAACACAUCGGAUUCGGUGUGGUUCUGGGAGAGGAUAAAAAGAAAUUCAAAACUCGAUCGGGAGAUACGGUUCGACUGAUGGAUCUUCUGGAGGAGGGUCUGAAGAGGGCGGGGCAAAAAUUGAUUGACAAGGGAAGGGACAAGGUUCUGACCAAUGAGGAGCUGAGUUUAGCAAAGGAAGCGGUGGCUUACGGUUGUAUAAAAUAUGCCGACCUAUCACAUUGCAGGACUAAUGAUUACGUCUUCUCAUUUGAUAAGAUGUUGGAUGAUAAAGGAAACACAGCAGUUUACUUGCAGUAUGCUUAUAUGAGGAUUAGAUCCAUCUCCCGGCUAACGACCUUGACACCAGAGGACCUGGCCAAUCAUGGUCCUCCUUCCCUGGAGCACCCGAAAGAGUGGAAACUAGCAAAGCACGUGUGCAGGUUUGCCGAGAUCAUAAACAGGUGCCUGGUCGAUCUGUAUUUGCAUAAUUUAUGCGACUAUCUCUACGAGCUGGCUACUACAUUCACCGAGUUCUACGAUGCCUGUUAUGUUGUUGAGAAGGAUAGGAAUACAGGUGAAGUGAUAAAGAUCAACGUUGAUAGGCUGGUACUCUGUGAGGCUGUGGCCCGUGUCAUAAAGAUGGGCUUCCACAUAUUAGGGAUCAACACUGUCGAGAAGAUGUGA